ACAACUUUCUAGCUAGUUCUUUCAUAUCCAUCUUUACCGUUCAGCUUCAUUACUCAUUGAGCAUCAAGAUUCAAGAAGUAAUGGGUUAUUCAUCUACAACAACCGUUUUUCUUUUGUGGAUCGUGAUUCCAAUAUCGACUGCAGUUCUCGAUAGUCAUUACUAUGACCAAACAUGUCCACAAGCUGAACAUAUCAUAGCGGACACAAUCCGUAACGCGUCAUUGUAUGAUUCCAAGGUUCCUGCUCGGCUUCUUCGUAUGUUCUUCCAUGACUGCUUCGUUAGGGGAUGUGACGCAUCAAUUCUUUUGGAAUCGACUCCUGGAAACAAAGCUGAGAAAGAUGGUCCACCAAACAUCUCAAUACGGUCAUUUUACGUAAUUGAGCAGGCCAAAGCUAAGCUAGAAAAAGCUUGUCCAAGAACUGUUUCUUGUGCUGAUAUCAUUGCCAUUGCUGCAAGAGAUGUAGUAACUCAGUCAGGAGGUCCACGAUGGGAAGUUCUGAAAGGAAGAAAAGAUGGAAAAAUUUCCAAGGCAUCAGAAACUACCGCAAAUUUACCAGCUCCAUCUUUCAACAUAACACAACUUAUUCAAAGCUUUGCCAAAAGAGGACUAGAAAUCAAGGACUUGGUUGCUUUAUCAGGUGGACAUACUUUAGGUUUCUCGCAUUGCUCUUCAUUUCAAUCUCGACUACGUAGUUUCACUUCCACGCUCGACUUAGAUCCUACACUGAACGCCAUAUUUGCUGAGAGCCUAAGGCAAAAAUGUCCACAACAUAAUAGGAGUCCAAGUGCAGGAACAUUUUUGGACACUACUUCAUCGAAAUUUGACAAUGAUUACUACAAGCAAAUUGUGUCUGGAAAGGGUGUGUUCGGAUCGGAUCAAGCAUUGCUUAACGAUUAUAGGACAAAGUGGAUUGUUGAAUCUUUUGCUAGAGAUGAAUGGUUCUUCUUCAAAGAAUUUGCUGGUUCAAUGGUUAAACUUGGUAAUGUUGGUGUUAAGAGUCUUGGUGAUGGAGAAGUUAGGAUGAAAUGCAGUGUUGUUAACUCCUCGUAAUUGAGUGAUUUAGUUCUUGUGAUGUUUUUGUUUCCCAAAAUAAGUGAAGUAUGUAAUAAUUGUAUUAUUUUGAUUUGAUUUCAAAUUUUCAAUAAUAAAGAUUGA